AUGGGGGCCGAGUGUAGGGAGGGCGGGAGUUCAGGGGGCCAUGGCCAUUCCUCUCCCGCUCACGUCAACGCCCUCUCCAUCGCUGCAGAAACUGACGGAGGACCCGGGCUUCACCACGUCGCCCCUUUGAGCCGAGACACUUGUUCCUGCGUCAGGAGAGCCGCCGUGAGGAUGUGUGGCGUCGCCUCUCCUUCCCUCUUCCUGCUCGCGGUCGCCCUCUCCGCUGUCGCCUCCCUCCCGCAGGCGCCGACGGAGGUGCAGUGGUCGGAGGCGGUGGUGGAGGUGAACCUGACGGCCGCCGACGCACGCCCACACGCCCACGAAGAGAUCAGAGGCACCGCCCGCAGCAUCCUCACCGUCACCAUGGACACCAGGCAAUACCAGCUGACCCUGAAACCAAGUACCUGGCUGGUGUCUCCAGGAGCGACUUUGUCCAAGCUAGGUCACGGCGGUCGGAAAGCCCAUGUGUUGCCUCUCGUUUCUCGCCCAUGUCUGUUCCUCGCUCAUGACCAGCCUCACGACAGCGGCCCGGUGGGAACGCUGUCACUCUGCCACAGUGAUGGACCGAGGGUGAUGCUCAUGAUAGGCGAGGAAGUGGCCGAGCUCCUGCCCCUGGACGCGACCUUCCUUCGUCAGGCAAACAUCUACAAGCGAGGGCACCUCACGAGCCGCUACACGCACGUGGUGAAGCGCCACCCCCUGCCAGCCAUUGUGGAUCUGGAGUGCAAUAAUCAUGAGAACUGCGGUCGGUCGCCCCUGGUUCCGUUGCCAGUACGUAAGCCUGAUAUAAGCGAGGUGAUGGUCGACCCGACGAUGGAGGACGCCAAGAGAACCGGCCCCCCCGCCCCCCUCAAGGUCGAGCUUGGGAUGUUCCUCGACCAGGCCCUCCUUGACGUCUUCUCUCAGUACCUUGCGAGCGACGAGGAGCUGGUAGACCUCGUCCUCGGACUCGUGAAUAAUGUCCAGGCCCUGUACCGCCACCCUUCGCUCGGCCGCCAGGUGGACCUCACCAUUAGCCACCUGCGCCUCCUGUACACGCAGCCGGCGGACCUGCCCACCUACGACGGCGAGAGGAUCAAACUCCUGAAGGCCUUCUGCGACUACAGCAGGAGGAAUAACGAUCCUGACGACGGGAAUCCCGAGCAUUGGGAUAUCGGGGUCUAUCUGUCGGGACUGAACUUCUACGUCAAAAACGACGACGGAUCCGAGAAUGGCGUCACGAUGGGCCUGGCGUACACGGGCGGCGUCUGCAAGCCCGCCCUUAGCUGCCUCAUAAACGAACUGGGCGUGGUUGAUUACAGGGGUCGUCCAUACCCUUCGGCGGGAGCUCUAAGUUCCUACGUCCUCGCGCACGAAAUCGGACACAGCUUAGGUCUUCGCCACGAUGGGGUUUCGAACACAUGCGAUCGUAACGGUUUCAUCAUGGCUGCCGGCAGAGGUCUCCGGGGCGCCACCACGUGGUCACCGUGCGCCAAGGAGAAGAUUCAGCAGCAACAGGGGGAAUGUCUGAACGAAGGAGGCGACGUAAGCGAGCAGGCGUGGGAUCACAGUACCUUCGGUGGACUUCCGGGCCAGCGCUGGGAUGCCACCGCCCAGUGCCAGCUUUUCCUCAAGGAUAGCGAUGCCAAGAUGGAGAAUGUGUCCAGAAUACACGAAGUGUGUGAAUCGGUAAGCUGCGUGUCUCCUCAUCGCAUCUCCAUCAGUCUUGCUGGGCCGGCGCUAGAGGGCACGCACUGCGGCGGAGAAAACUGGUGCCGCGGGGGGAAGUGCGUGCCAUGGGGAAGCGAUGGCCCUCUCGAAGUCGUGGACGGGGGGUGGGGCCCCGUGACCACCAGCGAGUGCCAGUCGGGGUGCGUCGAAGGAGGCACAGGCUGGCAGGUGUCCCGACGCCCUUGCAAUACCCCUCCCCCCAGGAACUCCGAGAAGGGCUGCGUAGGACCGGACCUGCGCGUGUCCUUGUGUCCAGACGAGAAGGUGUGCGGCGCGACCCCGAGGCGGACGGUGGCGGCGCUGGCGAGUCAUAUGUGCAAGACGGUCGCCGAGCUGAAGAAGGAGAUCCUGCCGGAGGGACUGCAGAUGGCCUACAACGCAGACCUCCCCUGGCAAGCGUGCGCCCUCUACUGCCGGAAGCGCAACUCGAGCAGCCUGUGGACGCCACGCUACGAGUUCAAGGACAACCCGAGCGUGGCGGCGCACCUGCCUGACGGGACGGCCUGCCACGACGGCGCCUUCGUCUGCCUCAAGCGCCAGUGCGUGCCGAGGGAUGCAGCAGUAGCCAAUCAGCGCUCAGGAGGGACGAAGGUGAUACCUGAUGACGUCAUAGCUCGCAGCCCCAAUGAGGAUUACGAUUUUUCUCCGAUCGACUUGGAUAACCUUUAUGAAUGGGAGCCGCAGGAAGCAGCAAAGAGCCACGCAGGUCCCCGCUUCCGCCUCGGCUGCGUGACGCUGCGUGACCUUGAAGACCCUCUCGGUCGGCGCUCCUCCAGCGCUCUACGGCUCUGGGGCUCUAAGAGCUCUGUCUGGCUCGGGGUCAUGAGAGGAAGAGGCCCUCGUGACAAAUUGAUUUCAACGCCGAAUGCCACAGCCAAUUAUGACUCUGACACUUUGACUCUCCGCCCUUUUUGCAAACAUCAGUCAGCCAUUGAUCAUUCUCCAUGGGUCACGAGUGUGUAG